UUCCCAAUACCUGCUACAAAAUCUGCCCUCGCCUACCAGAGCUCUGAUUAUCUGGUCACCCCAACACGACCCCCUUAUCUUACUUUACUGUUAUGCAUAAUCAUCAUCGUCGGCAUAGAUAAGAGUCAUGGCGAUAUCUGAUGCGGUGAUUGGGAAUUUGACUACGAUCUACGUAGCCGUGAUUGCAGGGAUCAAGGCUUACGGGUUGGUGUGUGGGCAGAGCUUCAGUGCUUCCUUCGUCCUGAUUCUCUCCACCGCCGUCAUCGGCACCAUUCUGGUUGCGACGCUCACGUGGGACGUCUCCCGUAAAGCCGCUUAUGCAAUUUCGCGCGAUCACGUCAGCGAGAUAUGCACGGGGGGUAUCUGCUGGCACGGCGUGGCGGUUCGAUCCCCGACUUCUCAAGUCCGAUUCAGGCUUCCCCAGCAGAUUCCGCACGGUUCGCUAUAAUGUAAAUCGAGGUAUAAGAUGAAGUUUUGAGUAGUGCAAUAUGUAAAGAGUGAGUUUCUUGGUGGUUACGGUUGGAGUUGUCUUUGCUCAUCAAAGGCCACGAGGUGUUUGGUGUUUUGAUUGAGAGGGAAUAAGACACUGUGUAUAAUCUAAACAAUGAAUAAAUAUUUGUAAAUGGAGUCUUAUGUAAUAUAAUAUAAAUAAUGAAUUUGUGCAAA